GUAAGCGAUGCGACUCAGUCGCGAUUCGAAGCCGGCCGUGGUAACUUAAUGCUAUAUCUUGUGUGCCGUACAGUGUAACGUGUGUCUUUUUUUAUUUCGUUUCUCGCCAUAUCACUGUGUGUUGUGUUUCUCAUACGUCGAAAGAGAGUUGUGUUUACGUUGGAAUGAAGCGUUUUAGAAGCCAAAUGGCUUCAUCUACGUACACUUUCAUUUUUUUGCCUCGACAGAUGUAAGGAAGAGAACGACGUACAGCAGUGUUACCAGUUUCCACGGUGUGGUCGAACUUUCGUUCGUCAGUCCUCCGCGGACUGUCGCGAGUGAUCACAGUGGUAUCUGUUACAAGGAGAAUAGUUGUGGACAGAAAGAGGGCGAAUAUCGUUUAAGAUGCUGACUUCCAGCGCAAAUCAGUACCUCCGUCCGGAAUAUCUUACGCCUCUACCUACUACGCUAGAUGCGAAGAAGAGUCCGCUCGCGCUCCUCGCACAGACUUGCAGUCAAAUAGGAGCUGACACGCCGUCCAAUAAAUCUCUGCUGGGCUCGUUGGACAAAGGGUCGAACAACAAAUCGUCCAAGUCGGCGGAUCAGUUGCGUGAAAAAUCGUCACCGACGAUCGCGGCGACAUCCACAGAAUCAACCAAGGCAAACUUUAAGCCUUACGAGUCGUGUUUAGGUCGUGAGAAAGCGUCAAGCCCGGACGAACAACGGUCAGCCUCUAGUCAUUCGACUUCCGGUCGAUCGAGGACACCUGGUAGCAAUAACAAACGAUGUCCGAGCAAUCAGAGCGCCUCGUCAGUCCGAGCGGUGACACCGCAAGGUCGUAAAACAUCGACGCCGAAUGGGGAUACAGCUCGGGAGUCACCCGCCUCGAGAACAUCAAUGACGAAUCUUUCAUCGACUCAACUCGAUUCAUCGAGUUCUUCUCAGCCGGCCGUCGUCAGCAGUCCGUCGUUACAAGCAAAACCUUCUUAUAGCCCAGCCGGUGUUCUAGCGAUAACGGAUCCGUCCAUCAAGGAUCUUCCAUUGGGAACUUUCAAACCUGGUGUCAGUUUAGCCUCGUCGAGCUCUGGCUAUUUAGGUUACAGUCCACAAUUACCAAUCGAUGUGACAGCCAGUUCUUUGAUGUCUCAGCAACAGGCGGCGCUAAAGAAUAGCUUAGUGGCCGGUAAUCCCUAUCUGAGUUACGCAAGGUUGAAGAGUUCUUCCGGUCCCGAUGCCCUGAUGCCCGUUUGCAGGGAUCCGUAUUGCACUGGUUGUCAGUUGAACUCUCAUCUGCUUGCCAGUUCCGCGAGUGCAGUGGUGGCGAAUGGAAAGUUAGCGAGCAGUACGAGUAGCGCGGCAGGUUCCUGUCCUGCUGGAUGUGCUCAGUGCGAUCACAAACCCGGUACAACGGCUUACGGAGCGCUGGGUGUAGCCGCAUACGCACACGCACAACUGGCAGCUUUGGCAGCGGCCUCGCAACUCCCGUACGUGUGCAACUGGAUAGCAGGCGAUACUGCUUACUGUGGCAAAAGAUUUUCCACGUCGGACGAAUUGUUGCAACAUCUGAGGAGUCACACGAGCGUGUCGAAUAGCAGCGGAGUUACGGAUCCGUCAGCCGCGUUGUCUCUGCUGUCGCCCUCCGUUGGAUUACCACCGACACAUCCUUUGUUCUCCAGGACUUAUCCCACGCCACCUUUGAGUCCACUCGCAACCGCGCGCUAUCACCCUUACGGGAAACCUUCACCGUUGUUGCCGCCGUCUCUAUCGUCGUUGGGUUUACCGCUUCCACCGCCACAUCCGCACACACCUGCAGGAUUACCACCGUAUUUCUCCCCAUACUCGCUGUACGGAGCUCCUCGCCUUGGUGCUGCAUCCGGCUUGCCUCAAUGAGUCCUUGACCACGGAUCUUGCCGAGCAACGACGUCGAAGAAUAUCAGCCGUUCAACUGUGAUCCUCGUGCGAGUAUAGGGAAGUGUUUGAUACGUAAAUAUGCAAAAAGAACCGAAUAAACCGAAGAUACGGAAUACAAAAACAGACCAAGCGAGCUGACCUCGUUAAAGUAACCUCGCAAUUACGUUAAACAAACAAAUUAGUUGCUUACUCUUGUCAACAUUUUAGUAUCGUAGAAUUUCCUUUCUUUUUAUACAUUUUUCUUAUUCUUUCGUUCCCUUACCUCCUUAUCUUAUCUUCAUUCUUAAAUUUGUUAUUUUAAUUUAUUAGUCAGACCGAAAAAUAAGAGACGCUGCGAAUGAUUAUUUAACGUGCUUGCUGAAAGGUUGGUGUCAUCAUCGAGAUAAAGAGCCGUACCUUCACACGUGUUGAGUCUUCGGUAGGAAGUGCUAAAAAGAUUGCAAGUAUUAUAGUGUACCAAUCAUUUAACUGUGAUUCUUGUGCAAGAAUAACGAAGCGUGUAGUGAAGGGGAGCAAAUCUGAAAAUAACGUGUGCCUGAAAGAACCACUUAAGGCUACUGCAUAAUUAUUAACUGUCGACGCGCGUUUAACCGGCUGUUAUGUAUUACGAUGUGUUACGAUGUACCCCGGUGCUUGAUCUUAAUAUCACGUUCGCGUACACUACUAUUUUGUUUACAUCGCCGUUCAGAUAUUCCAACGUUCAUUCGUUUUGUAUUUCGUAUUGUCAACAAUACAUCUUCGACACGACGUUUGAACACUUAUGCGCGCGCACCAGUGUAUACGACCAUACGCUUUUUAUUAUUGUACGAUUUCCUUUUCUAUGUUACGCUGUCGAUGAAUUUUUGUUCUCCGGUACGAUGGUAAUUUCCGAUUGAAAAUCAUUUCCUGUCACAUACUGAACUGAAAUAUUUGGCUGCACGGUGGCCCGUUCGCUGCACCUGACGUGAACCACUUAAUUUCGAAAAAUAAAACAAACGAGUGCCACGGGUAACGUCGAAAAACCAAUGUUCAACUGUGAUUUCCGAGUGAGAAAGCUACCAUGUGCAUGAGUGAGAUAUGCUGCGCUUCCGCUACAGAUAUGUGUAUGCGUGGUUCUAGAAUUUAUCGAUACAUACGCGAUCACGGAUCUUUAACUCCAACUAUCAACAGGCGAUUAUUUUUAAUAUCGAAUAUUUCCUCGUGAAUCUUAUCGUCGACGAGACAGUAUUUUUUUCGCGCUACACUUACCCACCUAAUAUAAUUACUCACAAAUAGCCUGGAAUGUUAAAAUCGAAUAGAUUGGAAAUGUUGCGUAACUUUGAAAAUAGUACAAAAUAUGAUGAUAAAGGAUAAACGUUUAUAACGUUAACGAGUAAGUUGAUCGUUUAUCGGCGCAGAAUUCCAAUGUAAAUUUGCAAACCACGUUUUUCAUGCUUUAAGUUCCAAGCCUAUGAAAAUACAUAGCUUGAAACGACGCAGUAAAUUCUCGUCGAUCGCGAUGUUCCAAUUGUACCAUGUCCUCCAUUAUUGCGAACAUUCGAAUGAAUAUAACGUAACGAGUCUAUGUGUAGUAUUUAUGGAUUAAUAUUCAUCACUAAUCUUUAUUGUAACUAUUGUACAUUUGUUCAUAGGUACGUAGACGGCGAAUCUAAAAAAGGAAAAGGAAAAGCACUUUUCGUCGGAGCGGUGGAGCUUAGUGAUAGUAAACGCGUGAACGUAAAUUCGACAAAUCCUUGACUAGCUGACGAAUAUUGCGUCUAUAUUUUUGCGUAACCAAAGUUUUAGUGAUUGAUCGAUAAUUUAGUACUGUUACGAAUUCUUGUAUAACGACUUUAUGUACCGAAGAAAAACGAAUGUAUUACAAGAUAUACAAUUUAAGUUACGAAUAGAUCUAUUUUCUCCUAUAUCAGAUAUGUACAUAUAUAUACAUGUGCAUAUACGUAUUUAUGCAUACGUGUAAAUGUAUGAAUGUACAAAUAUAUACAUAUAUACGUAAGUAUAAAUAUGUACACAUGUAGCAAUUAUUACUAUUAUAAAUAUUAUUAUUGCAUAAUUCUUAUCAUUACGAUCAAUAACAAUUUGAAUGUGCGGAGAAAAUUUGACUAAGAGUACGUAGUCGGUGAAUAUGUACUAAUUAAUUUGUAUUUGAAUCGAAAUUUUGUACGUUUUACUUUCCUCAUUUUUUGAGCGAACCCCACGUUGACUUGUUGAUUCUAUUAUUAUUGUUAUUCCGCAUUGCGUAGCGCUGUUUGAUACCCUAUUGAAGUGAAAUAUAUCAGAACUUAUUUCUUAACGGAAAAAUGCUUUUGUCUUUAAUUGAAUUACCUGAUAAUAACGAAAUUUGUAAAAUCGAAAUACGGUUUACAAUUUCAGACAGAUAGUACGAAUCAAUGCGAUACUUUUUAAAAUUAAUUUUGUACGCGUACAUAAAUUAUCUGGGGAUAAUUAUAUUCUAUACAUAAACAAAUUUUAUGUACGCAUAAUAACUUUUCACUUGUCUAAUAUAGUUCUUUUUAAAAAUGUUAUUAAUCGAAAAACAUUAAAAUUUAUUUGUUUGGAACUUUAAUGCCACGACAGAACAUCUUCCAAUUAGAAUUUUACGUUACGACCGUUUAAUAUAAUUCGUUUUGAUACGAUGAUCAUGUAUUUAAGAAAAAGGCUAUAUAAUUAAUUUAACUGUAUAAAAUAUGUUCGUUAAUUAACAAUUGUGUGUCACGUGUAGUAAAAUCGAGGAACAAAAAUGAUAGUAUCAGAUGAUAGUAUCAAAAAUGAUAGUGAUAUAGAAUGGCUGUCAUGAUUAUUCGUACAUCCUUUAAAACGGAGUAACUUUCUUAAAAUUAGACAAAACGACUCGAUCUUUUUCUUAAAAGUUAGAAGGAUUAAUUUACUACAUGUCGUGCAGAAAAAUGUUGAAAUAUAGCAAUUGAUCAGAUUCGCGAAGAAAAAAGUAAAAGUCGCUUUUUACUAGCUGUUUAUUGAGUUUUGUAAUGAAAAUUUAAACAACGCAUGUUGAAGAUUUAUUUAAUCAAAAAAAAAAUUCAGUUUUAAAGGGCGUUCGAAUAUUCAUUUAAGCCACUAUAUGUACCUAUAGUUAUAGGCUCCUGUUUUUAUUUCUUACAUUUUUACUAGUAUAAAGAGAUAAUGAUUUUUGAUUACAAAAGUUUUAAACGUAUUAUAUAUGAAGAUAGUUUUCCAAAAUUUCGCGUUCUUUUCUAAUUCAAAAUAAAUUUUCUAGAUAUUAUAUGUCUUUUUAGUGUUUUUUGCAUUGUACGUUCAUAAUAGACUACGUGUAUCUUGAAUAGUAUUUGCGAACAAGAAUGUGUUUAAAACUUGCUUCUGCAUAUUUAUGAUCAGAAGUUGUUUCGUUUCAAGCACUAUAGGUAUUGUCGAAAAAUAGCAAUGAGAAGAAUCGUAGAAAAUAGAAUACGUACUGUCCACCGUCGCCAAACUUAAAAUUACUGUGUAAUUUUAUAGGAAAUUCGAGUUAUCAAUCUCAGGGAUUACACAUUUAUCAAUUUUUUCAUCAUAACCAUUUUACAGUAUAAUUUCAAACUGUACAAAUAGAUAAUAUUAUUUGAUCAUAUUUGAAUACUUGAUACUUACGAAAUACACGUGCACAGAAGUCAAAUAGAUUAUUAGCAAAUUAACAAACUUCUAAAUAAAACUUUGACCUAAACUUUUGCUGAUUAUAACAUUUAAUAUAGAUAUAGGAAAUAUAUAUUAUACGUAAAUUUGCCACCACAGACACCCAAAGAAAAAUAAUUUUCCUCAUUGAAUAUUUAUGAAUUUUAUGACGUAUUGUAGAAAGACAUGGUCAACUUUAAAUAAAAUAAAUGUUUGUGAGAUACAGCAGCGAGUGAUAAUAAGUACGUACCUCUAUCUGCAAUCUAAAAUAGGCGUAAUAGUCAUGGUCGCUAUUACGUACGAAUUUAGUAGGAUUUUCAAAGUUGAAGAGAACACUAUCGCGAUAAGUCGUAAGACGGUAGUGUGUGUGACGGCUGGUAAUUUUACAGUCGAAUGAAGGAGCACUUCCUUACGGCUGGGGUACUGGGGAAAAAAAUGGAAACUGAUGCGGGAGUGUUCAAGCGGCAUCGUAUACGUUGCGUCCUGUCGGCUCGGGCUUGUCCUUUGAGUGAUUUAUGGACAGACUACUGUGACUCCGUCUACUUCACCUAUUCACCUCGUUAGAAAGGAUAAUGUAUUCAUGAACGAUCAGACUCGUUCCGGCGUAAUAUCGUGAGCUUCUAAACUCGACUGCGAAGGUAUACUUAUAACCGACUGGAACAACCUUUAAAUCGAAUCGGCCUACAUCUUCCGUGCCUGCUAUUAACCUAAGCGAAAUUGUAAUUUUUCUUCUUUUCACCAAAUUCAGAUUUCGAUUAAAAAUCGUGGCAGUUACGUUUUCUAUGAAACAAAGGGUGAGAAUCUUUGUUUGGAAUUACGCGUAACAAAGAAACUGUUAUAAAGCGUUGUACAUGUUUCAAAUAGGUGAGAAAAAAAACGGUAUAAAGUUAUUUUUCAAUAAUUAUUUAAAAACAGUACAUCCGUUUCUUUUUUACCUCCGACGAACAUAAGAGACACGAUAUGCUUUAAUAUGAAAUAUGUAGUUAAUUACUCUCCUGUAUAGGAUAGUUUGAUAAAUAAAUAUUAAUUCUUUUACAGAU